AUGACGGCCAGUCCACAGGAAUUCCAUGCUAAUAACUCCAGAGUCUACAUGUCAGAACCCUACAACAGGAUCUUCAUUGACCGAAGAUCAAAAGACCAAAGACCCUACAAAAUCCCUGUUCUCGAGCAGGCGAAUGGGAUCAAACGCACCUCAAGUUCCUACUGCGCAACACUCCCAAUGAACAUCCACCAUCUGCUCCAGCGACAAUACAUCCCAUCGAGCACCUUCUGGCAAAGAUACCCGGAUGCCAAAGAAAAGGAAUUAUGGGUAGGUGUGGAUAUGGAUUUAUUGUAUCUGGCACCACGUACAUCAGAAGAGUUUAUAGGUUGUCUUAUCCAUGCCUUUGACAACCAUCAGUUCUAUGUAUGCCAGAAUCCCGAGCAAUCACCAUGCGUUGACCGUGGAUUUUGGAUGCAGAUUCAGGGAUAUUUCCCUAGUCCAGGGUAUGAUUUGAUCGAGAAAGCUGCGAAGAGGCAUGUCGAUUUGCUAGCACAGCUUAUUGAGGCCAGGUAUAUAAGCAGAGAGCAUCUGGUCUUGGGAUUUGAAUAA